AUGCCAUUAAGCCCUCACUUUUCUGUUUCAGCCCCUCGCCCAACGGCGCAGGAUUUCGACCGGCCGUCCACCGGAGCGUCCUGCAGUGACAACCCCGACCAUUCGGUUCAUAUGCGCUCAAGGUCAACUGCUCAUACCCAGAGCCCUAAAAGAUUGUCCGUUUUCAGUGGGCGUUCGAGGAGCAACACCACGACUUCUACAUCUACCUCUAUCAACUCGUCGCGUCGCUCCCCCUCCUCUUCAAUGACAUCCAACGAGAACGCACUUUUGCCCUUCACGCAUGAGGACCGCGCAGUUCCCGCAGGCGGUGCGCGCCACGACCGGCAUGAAAGUGUAACUAAGUCACUCUUCCUACGUGGAAGCCGGAUUCUGCGCCGUCAAGGGAGUAAGGUCAAUAUGGUUGGUACCCCGGAGGAAGAAGAGGAAAUGGAGCGCGAAAAAUCCCGUUUCGACUUUAGCCGUCACCAUAAGACACGGUCGAAUGAUGCCCAUGAGCAGAGGAAGCGCCUGAUUUCUGAUCCUUUCGACUUCCACCACUUAACUCACACCAGCCCGGCUCAGUUUCAAUCGCUGGGUAAGACUCGGGAGAAUGAUUUGGUUACGGAAUUCUCCGCCAUCCGAGCAUCCCAAAAACCUGUCACGAAUCUCAAAGGCAUCCGGGCGGAUGAUAUUAAUUUGCGAAGCCUUUCAGCUGAGGAUCUCUCUCACUUCGUGAUCGAUCACGACAACGUUGGCCCGUCACCUGCUAGUCCACCACAUUCGCCCGGUGAGAGAUGCACUAGCCCACGCCAACUAGACUCGCGGCCCCUACGAGAAUCGCGAAUCUUUGAGAACUUUUCGCGGCCUGUAUCAAGGCAUCCUCGACUCGAUGCACCUGCUUCACCACCGCGUGCUUCGUCGCCAAGACUGGCGUCAUCUCCUGAGAUCCCAGAACCUUCACCUAGAGUGAUUGAUGAAAUCCUGGACUUGGACUCUCAGCAACAGUCAUAUCCGGAGCAUACUUACUACACAGAUGAUGACUCCAUGCCCGCCUCUUCGCCGACGAGCCUCAAUUUGGAGGGUAUGAUCCACCCUACCUUGGGUCAUGCCAUCACCACUGACCCCAACAACGAAAAUAUGGAUGCUAGAAAUGUGUCGGCACUCACAAGUCCCAGCUCAGAGUUGGAGGAUGUUCCCGAGGAGGACGAAGCAACACAUUGGCAUGACAGCCCGGAAUCAGAUUACUCAAGAACUCUGGAGAGUCAAGUGUCGCCUAAAACAAAUGUCGCCCCAAAAUCUCACCUAUCCAUUAAUGUAGCACAGGAACUCUCAAAGAAGUUUUCCGAGGCAUUGGGAUCACCCACUCUUCCUCAAUAUUCUCGGGAUCGAGCCCACACGCCGCAUGACGACCGAGCCACUCAAAUUGCACUCCGACGGCAAUCAUCAGUCCAUCAGAAAACCAUCCACGAGACAAUCUAUGAAUCCUGGGAUGAUGAUAUUGACUACUGUUACGAACACGCAGCAGAGUCAAAUUCUGAUUUCGACUGGGGUCGCGCUUCAGUAGACGAAGCUCGAAAGGACGGAAUCGCGGUUCCUGUUACCACAUCCAACCGGAGUGUCUCAUCAACGCAGCCUUCGGUAUCUUUUUCUGACCAAAAAUACCUUAGGACGUCGGUGCUUUCGACACCUGACUUGGACUCCAGUGCUUCGCGCUCAGCACCGAGUUCCCGCUUAGCUACAACGCCGUUUAGUGCUGGCUAUGGGGGUGAGAUGGGUACCCAGAAGGAUGGAGUCUUUCUCCGACCAGUCAGUUCCUCCGUGUUGUCAGGAGCUCUGACUAAACACAUCUCCCCCGAUACGAUGUACGAGGACUACCUCGCGGCUGAUGGGGAAUCAGAUCGACACUUCUCCUUCUGUUCACAAGGCGGGUUCCACGCUGUAGAGCAACCCGUGUCUCCUCGAAGCAGCUUCUCCCCCAUCAGCAAAUACAACUCACAGGAGAGUCUAAUAUUAUCCCGCGCUGCUUCAAUCGUACGGAAACAUCGGUCAUCAGUUUCCACCACAAGCGUGCCCGAGUUGGUACACAGCCUUGCGAGCAGCCGCGACUUUUCUACAUCGGACCUUAUGCUUCCUGGGGAGCAGUCCGAGUUGGUGAACCAGGACUCCUCUUCCCAUUCCUCCAACCACCGCCAGACAAAAAGCCUGGCACGGGAAAUCGAGUCGCAAAUCAUGUCCCGCCCAGAGAGCAACAACAGCACCGAUUCCACAAAGCUGAUGGGGGGGGCUUCUGUUCACGACCGCGCCAAGUCCACAUCUGAAGUUGAGGCUGCUCCCCUGGUGAACAAGGUUGCCAGACCCGAACUUCCUCCAAAGAGCGCAAAUCGGCAGAAGGGUCGCACCACAUCAUACUCCCUCUUUCCAUCACCAAAGAUUCCUUCGCCCGCGAACGCCUAA